AAGGAGGAUGUGCCCAGGAGCUCUUGGAGGACAGCUGUGAACCAGAGAACCUGUGGUGGGGCAGUGGAUGCACAUGGUGACAUUCACUGCCUGAGAACACGGACGAGACACAGCAAUUGAUCUAAAGACCAUGAGGACUUUGGCCUGAAGUUUGCGAUGUCCCAGCCCAGUCAGAGCCCACGCUGGAGCCACCUGCCGAUUCAUCCAGCGAGCUGGGWCAGACGUCCAGGGCACACACGCUGCUUGACACACACCGAUGGGUUUGACACAAUUUUUAUCAAUAAUGAGUGGCAAAAUUCUGAAAGUGGGAGGAUAUUCCCAGUAUAUAACCCAGCAACGGGAGAACAGAUCUGUGAGAUCCAGGAGGCCGACAAGGUCGACACAGAUAAAGCAGUGAGAGCCGCUCGCCUGGCUUUUUCCCUCGGGUCGGUGUGGAGGAGGAUGGAUGCCUCGGAGAGAGGCCAUCUUUUGGAUAAGUUAGCAGACCUAGUCGAGAGAGACAGGGCAAUUCUUGCUACUAUGGAAUCAUUGAACAGUGGCAAACCUUUCCUGCAAGCCUUUUAUGUAGAUCUUCAAGGAGUAAUAAAAACUCUGAGAUACUAUGCUGGUUGGGCAGACAAAAUCCAUGGAAUGACCAUCCCUGUAGAUGGAGAUUAUUUUACGUUUACAAGACAUGAACCCAUUGGAGUGUGUGGACAGAUCAUCCCUUGGAACUUCCCCCUGCUGAUGUUUGCAUGGAAGAUUGCUCCAGCUCUGUGCUGUGGCAAUACAGUAGUUAUUAAACCAGCAGAACAAACACCACUCAGUGCUCUCUAUAUGGGAGCCCUCAUCAAGGAGGCUGGCUUUCCACCAGGAGUUGUCAAUAUUUUGCCAGGCUUUGGUCCAGUUGUUGGUACAGCAAUUGCAUCUCAUGUUGGCAUUGAUAAAAUUGCUUUCACCGGAUCCACUGAGGUUGGAAAGCUGAUCCAAGAAGCAGCUGGAAGGAGUAAUUUGAAGAGAGUUACACUGGAGCUGGGUGGGAAAAGCCCAAACAUCAUUUUUGCAGAUGCUGAUUUGGACUAUGCUGUGGAACAAGCUCACCAGGGUGUCUUCUUCAAUCAAGGUCAAUGCUGCACUGCAGGCUCCCGAAUAUAUGUGGAAGAAUCAAUCUAUGAGGAGUUUGUUCAAAGAAGUGUAGAACGUGCAAAAAGGAGAGUAGUAGGAAGUCCUUUUGACCCAACUACAGAACAAGGUCCACAGAUUGAUAAAAAACAAUACAACAAAAUCUUGGAACUGAUUCAAAGUGGUAUUACUGAAGGAGCAAAACUUGAAUGCGGGGGUAAAGGGCUAGGAAGAAAAGGCUUCUUUAUUGAACCUACAGUAUUUUCCAACGUAACAGAUGACAUGCGGAUUGCGAAGGAAGAGAUUUUUGGGCCUGUUCAAGAAAUACUGAGAUUUAAAACCAUGGAUGAAGUAAUAGAAAGAGCCAACAAUUCUGAUUUUGGGCUGGUAGCUGCUGUCUUUACAAAUGACAUAAACAAGGCUCUGACAGUCUCUUCAGCAAUGCAGGCUGGGACAGUCUGGAUAAAUUGCUACAAUGCCUUAAAUGCUCAAAGUCCUUUUGGAGGAUUCAAAAUGUCUGGCAAUGGGAGAGAGAUGGGUGAAUGUGGAUUGAGAGAAUAUUCUGAAGUGAAAACUGUGACAAUAAAGAUUCCUCAGAAGAAUUCGUAAGAUGAAGAAAGAUAAGGUUGUGCGGAAGAGCACAUGAUGCCACCCUCUCUAUUCCUUAUGGGGACCAGCACUCAGGAAUAAAAAGUGUUACACAAUAUAUAUUUAAAAAAAUAAGUUGCAACAUAUAUACAGGCACAUAAUCACAUAAGUAAUGCAAACCAACUCUGCAUGUUUUCGUAAAAAUCUUCUUUACAUCUUUAGUAACCAAAACGUACAGAUAAGAGAUAAAGUUGCUAUUGGGCAUCAUUUAAUAACAGUUCUACCUAGAAAACUGUUAAAUGCAAAUGCAUGCACAUGCACACUUAUCUCUCCGUUAGAUGAACAGAAUUAGUCUUACAGCUUUCAAAGCUGCCUUUUCAAGGACUGCCUAGUUGCUGACAUUCUUU